AUGGCGCAUGUUAAUAAGGAUAAAGAUACGACCGUCAAUAUUCUUGAGAAGAAGCGAAGCCUUUCUCCAGCUACAACAGAGGAGGUACGUGUUGUCGGUAUCUCUGAAUAUGAGGGAGCGGCCCAGUGUCUCGCUGAAGCAUUCGCUACGGACGAAGUAGCCAGAUACUUUGUUGAUACCGAUGACAUGAGUUCCUACUCUGAGGACCACAAGUGGAAACUGCAUUGCGACAUCAUCAAGUACAUGACCGCUGCCCAUUGCUACAAAGGUCUAGUGACGACCAUUGGUCCAAACUACGACGCAGUCGCUCUAUGGAUGCCCCCCGGCCAAGACAUGGACGACUGGCUCACCUUUUUCCGCAGCGGCCUCUGGAAACUCUACUUCCGCCUCUCCCCCGAAGGCCGCACGCGCUUCUACGACGAAUUUAUGCCCCUACUACACUCCACCAUCGACGACGUCAUGGGCGAUCGCCGCCACAAUUUCUACUACCUCGUCUAUCUAGGCAGCAAACCCAGCGCCCGAGGAAAAGGCUACGCGAAGAAAUUAAUUCAACACAUGACGGCGCGAGCGGAUCGUGAAAAUCGUCCCACGUAUUUAGAGUCGAGUGCGGAGGUCAAUUUGGAGUAUUAUCGUAAGUUGGGCUUUGAGUGGAAGAUGGAUGUUAGGAUGGAGAGGGCGAGGGCGCCGGUGAAGAUGCAGAUUAUGGUGAGGGAGCCGAGGUUUGGGGGGAAGAGCUCGAAGGGGAUGGAGAUGGGGAUGGGGAAGGGGGAGGGGAAGGAGAAUGGAGAGGUUAGGAUGAUUGGUUGA